CCCGCUCCAAACGGUGGCCGCUCACGCCCGUCAGCCCCCCUCUCGCAGUUCGACCCGGGCGAGUACCCCUCUGUUUCGGGAGCCGCAGAGCCGCGCGGGAGACGAUGGAGAUGAUGGCGGCGCCGCCGGUACCGGCCGAGACGUACAAGCUCGGGUUCAUCGGGGCCGGCAAGAUGGCGGAGUCCAUCGCCAGGGGGGUGGUCAAGUCGGGCGUCUUGCCUCCGUCCAGGAUCCGCACCGCCGCCCACACCAACCAGAGCCGGCGCGCCGCCUUCGAGUCCUUCGGCGUCCAAGUCCUCUCCGACAAUCAAGCUGUAGUUGAAGACAGUGAUGUGGUCAUCUUCUCAGUGAAACCCCAAGUUGUUAAAGGUGUUGUCUCCCAGUUGAGGCCACUACUAUCAAAGAAGCAGCUUUUGGUCUCAGUAGUUGCCGGAGUAAAAUUGAAGGAUUUACAGGAUUGGGCUGGCCAUGAUCGAUUUAUCCGUGUGAUGCCAAAUACUCCUGCUGCUGUUGGGGAGGCUGCAUCUGUUAUGAGUCUGGGAGGAGCAGUAAAAGAAGAGGAUGCAGAACUCAUUGCUACUUUAUUCGGAUCUAUAGGCAAGAUUUGGAAAGCCGAUGAAAAAUAUUUUGAUGCAAUUACUGGCCUGAGCGGCAGUGGUCCAGCAUAUAUCUUUCUGGCAAUAGAAGCUUUGGCUGAUGGAGGAGUUGCCGCAGGUCUUCCAAGAGAACUUGCACUGGGUCUAGCUUCGCAAACGGUGUUGGGUGCAGCAUCUAUGGCCUCCAAAAUGGGCAAGCAUCCAGGUCAGCUCAAGGAUGAUGUUGGAUCACCAGGGGGUACUACAAUUGCUGGUAUUCAUGAACUGGAAAAGGGUGGAUUCCGGGGGAUUUUGAUGAAUGCAGUCAUUGCUGCUGCUAAGCGUGGCCGUGAACUUUCCCCUUCCUAAUUCUGACUUCAACUUUUCAGGCCACAUCGUAUGCUUAACUCUUUCGAGAAAAUAGCUCAAAAGGGUGAGCUUGGCUGUCCCUCUGAUUUUGACUUGACUAUCAGCUUCAUUCUAGGCUAGGCUUUUCUAAACGUUCUUGUUUCAGCUGUCAGAUUCUAUUUAUUUUCAUUGCAAUCCAUCUGCUUGGUUUGUCUUUAACAAAGGAAGAUUGCUUAUGGGUGCAGCUUGAGGUCCAACUAGCAUGUAGUCUUCAAGUUCCCUUUCUUUCAAGUUCUAUACUAUCAAGAGCUUGCGAGAUCCGACUACCUAA